CAUGGUGUGCGGUAGGUAGUGGUUUUUGCUUGCCUGCCUGUCGUGCCUGCUUACCGAUUUGCUCAUCCCCACGCUUGGCAGGCAGAUGUGGUUCCCCAUGAAAAUCCUGGUUUCGGCCGUCAUGGAUGAUGAAGUUUUAUAAUAAGACCCAAUGCCCGCUUUCGUUUCCCAAGCUGCGAAGUGCCCUGUCCCGGAUCUCCCAUCAACCACUCGACAUCCUUGUCAUCAUUAAACAACCACACUCCUUGAAGACUAUCCAUUACAUACCCGUGUGGUAGAAUAAAGUUUCUCUCGUGGUAACAUAUCAUAUCUACAACAUCCUUCCCUCCAGCCUCAUUUCACCUUUCUUCUUUCUCUGGCGAGCUUCCUUCUCCCACCGUACUUCAUCUCCCGGCAUAUCAAAUACCGACAGCCCGGAUUAUAAGGGAGAAAACAUAGGAACAACGAGGAUUGGAACACAAACCAACAGCUAUAUAUAUCGAUCACCACAAGAGGCCUACAUCGACUGGCUGGUCACUAUCUCGAAGGACUUAUACUUGUCUCUCACACACACAUAUACAUUAUCACGAUGCCUUCACCAUUAUUCAAUAAGGGAGCCCGUCACUCAGAGGCUCUCCACACCCGCAAGCCCUCCCUCACCAACUCAGUCUCCAGCAGCGACUCCUCAUCAACACAAUCAACCCGCUCAACAGCAACCAUGCGCCACACAAGAGUCCUCGACUUUGACCCUCUCUCACUACACCCGACCUUCCACGCACCACCAAGACUCUAUGAGCGGCCCUUUAUCCACAACUCCCAGUCCAUCGAGGACGAGGUCAUCAACUCGUACUUCUCCAGCCAAGAGGCCGCCGCAGCCGCCGAAGACAAGGCAAAGGCUUCCUUCGCCGCCGCCAUUCCCGACAUGCCCGCACCGCCCGUCGACUCGCCGCGGACGCCGAUCCAGCAGCAGGAGAGGUCCCGGGAACAUGCCGCCGAGGGCGACGACUACUUCCUCUUCAAGGUCCAGCAGCACAUCGCCUCAACGAGACCGCAGCUGCCGCGCUCCCACUGGUCCGAGUCCACCAUUAACACCCUGGCAUCUCAGCAUAACGAUGAUGAGGAGGAGGAGGACUCCUCCGAGGACGGCAGCUUUGUCGACGAGGAGAGGCCCGUGAGGGAAUCGCAAUGGCAGAACUUUUCCAUCAAGCGCAGCUCGCCUUCGACUGUGCGGCGACCGGCAAUGAAGUCCCUCGAUAGCGUCGAGGACUUUAUCAAGCGCGGCGGCUGGAAGAGGCGCGGCAUUGUCUUUGAGCAAGAAAGCGCCCGAACUUCCAACACAUUGUUCUAAGGAACAUCCAUCUACUUAACUUCAUCACUUUCUCUUACAACAUCUCAUCGAAACUCAUCAUCGAAUACUUGAUCAACAUCAUUCACUCUUCCAACAUUUCCUAUCACCUUGUCUUGGGCAGCAAAAACGGCGGGAGACACCUCCGCAGAGGGCGGCUUUAACGGCUUUCACGACCAGCGGGCGCAUCUUUUCUUGCUUUAUUGUCAUUCAGUGUCUCUUUUCUGCCUUUUACCCCAGCGAGCCUCUUGAUUUACGUCUCACUUCUUAUCUGAUAUCCCUUUUUUUCUCUCAUAUUUUGGGCUAUUCAGAUUGAAUCCCUCUCACCAAUUUUCUUCUGUAAGACUACGGCACUUGGAGGUGCACGGAAGGGGGGCAUGGGGGCAUGGGGGCAUUCAGGUUGACGUCAUUUUUCGGGACGCGGUUCAUCGUUUUUGGGGAAUACACAAAAAAAGGGGAUCCUUUUUUUUUUCUACGCACGCGCACGCACAGGCGAACUGUCAACCAGGCAAGCAAGGGUGGGAAACCUGCCUACUACGGCAGCACACCGAGCCUGAAGGGGAGGGAACACGGGAGAUGGGGGUGUGAACUGGGUUUAGGCGGGCUGGUCCAAAAAACCACGACACACGCCCCGAUAUAGCAUCAUCUUCAUAUUGUAAUUUUAUUCACGAAAGGAAAAAAACCUGGCAUAUUUUUAAUGCUUGCCAGGCUCUGUUCUUUCUGGUUCACAACAUCACGCACACAAUUCUCUGGUGCCGAUGAUCGAUAAUGUGAAGCAGUGAUGCCACGAUCGGGCAACUUUUGCCUUGGAAGUAAAAAAGGG